AGCAUUCUCGCUGGCAGCUUGGGCCACGCGCAGUUGGAGCUGAGGCAGAGCAAAGCCAGUCGCUUGGAAAAGCUCGCCACUGCCCCCGGAGCCUCUGAGACCAGCUUCGCCGCGCUGCCCCGCGGCGGCCGAGUGACGCGGCAGGAGAGCCGAGGCGAAGAGCAGGCGGGCGGCUGGCAGCCAGGGCACGGCUGGGGUGCACACACUUGCUUCGCGCCCGCACGCGCCAGCUGCGGCUUGCGCCUUUCUUUGCCCGGGGCGCCGGCCUCCUUGCCCUCCCACCGGCUCAGCAGAGCGGGCGGUCCGAGGAGCAGCAUGAAUCUGCGGCUCUGCGUGAAGGCGCUGCUGCUGCUCUGGCUCUCCUUGACUGCGGUGUGUGGAGUGCCCCUGAUGCAGCCUCCUGAUGGGACAGGGCUGGAGGAAGGCAGUGUUCGCUACCUGGUACAGCCCAGGGCUUCAAGGAAUGGACCAGCACCCUGGCAGGGGGGCCGGAGGAAGUUCCGUCGCCAGCGGCCCCGCCUCUCCCAUAAGGGCCCCAUGCCUUUCUGAAGACUGAAGGGUCCCCCAGGUGCCAGCGCACUGUGGUUUUCUCUACUCCACAGAUCGGUCUGCUUCCCCGGAGCCCUCACAUCCAGUCAGCUGUCGUCUUGCGCCUGUUCUAGCUGCUGAUGGUCCUGGCUCUUCUCACCCACCAGCUUCGUCUACCGGCGUGGUCCCACCCCUCACUCUGAUGAUUCCAUUUCUCUCAUAAGGAUCCGUUAAGCCCAUCUUCCUGGCCUCUCCCUGGACUAACUUUGGAGAACCAGCCUGUCCUAGCCCACCACAUUCUCUGCCCCCUACCUAGCCCAUGUAAUGCCUCCACCCCCUACUGGACCCGCCCUCCUGUGGCUUCCCUGGGAUUUGGGUGGAAAACACUCCCUUCCUUAAUGGGCUCCUGUAAACCCUUGCUUGCUUGUACGUGGAUCCCGCACUUGGCCUCCAGAGAGCGAUCAGAGAUGCACAAGGAGAGAGUCUAAUUAGAGGGGUAGGUGUGGGGAAAGAAGGUGCAUGGCACACUGGAGCAGAGUACAUGGUGCCCUGGUGAAGGGGUUGAAGCACAGCAGAAGUGGAAAGAAUAGCACUGUGGCCCGGUCUUCAUCCCCGUGUCUGGCCCAGUUAAGGAAGAGGUGAAUGAGCAGCCCAGGAAGUACUUUGUCACACUGUGUUUCCUACCCCGCCCCUCCCCGCACCUGCAACUCAGCAGCUAUGGUAGUUCAAGAGGGGAGGGUGCUGGGUCCGACAUGGCUGUAAACCCUCCCACGGGUAAAAGCCGAGCAAAAAGGUAGCUUCGGCCAAGAAUCAUAAAAUAUCAGAGCUGAAAUGACUGUUGGAGGUCACUCAGCUCAGCCUCCUUAUAUAAAAAAGCCUGUGAUGACAGAGGCCUGGAGAGGAGAGUGAUUUGCUCAGGGUCACGGCAGAGCCAGAACAGGGUCCAGGUCUCCCAAGUCCUGCUUUAUGAUACCUUAUUCCCUCUUGAUGAUGUCUUCUCAAAACACGUGAAGUGCCUUUUGCUGAGGUUAUGGUGGAGUGGCUGGGAAGGGCAGGGAGAAGCAAGCUGGCUGUGAACUGCCCCAUUUUGGGAAGAUGGAGGUGCUCCCAUCUCCCUGGCCUUCCCUGCUCUCCACAGGAUGGAAGGUUGCACGAGUGGCCAGCAGUGCUCUUGGGCCUGGAGCACUUUAACAGGACAGCUCAGGUCCUGGGACUAAUAUUCAGACCCCAGCACUGCUUGUCAGGAGCCAGAGGCAGUCUUAAAUAAUUGACUGAAUCGCCUCUGCUUUGGGUGGACUGGACAUUCCUCCCUAGUGGUCUUUCUAGGGGCAGGCAGAGGGCAGAGAGUGGAAAAGUGGGGGAAAGGAAGGGAGAAGGAAGGAAAGAGAGAUAGGAAGGAUGUGCGGGUGGGAUAGCACCCCUUCCCAAGAGGCCCUGUCUUUCACAAGGGGCCUUCCACAGCCUCCUCCGAAGGUGGACUCUCUUGGCUUUUGCCUGAGCAGCCUUGCUUCUCAUUGGCCUCCCAAGAAGGACAAAAAGGAAAACAGAAGCCUGAUGCUCACCUACGAAUGCAUGAGGGCAGGGGGAGUCAGGGCCCCCCAAGUCCCACAAUGACCCGGAUGUUUGCCUAUGCCCCCCCCCAGUCUUUUCCUUUCCCUUGCUGCUGCUAAUGCUGAUGCUACUGCUGCUACUGCUGCACCUCACGGCCACCCUGGGAAGCUGGGCUGGGCAUAGCCUGCAACCCCUCUGGGCAUGGAGCAGGGCCUGGCCAGUGUCCAGAAAGUCUCCUCUGCCACUGGUAGCCCCAUCAGGGACCUGACCACCUUCCUUCUCCUCCUCCUUUCUGCAUCCGGUCCCUCAUCAACCUGCCAUGACCUAUAGCCAAGCCCAGCCCCACGGGGAAAGGGACAGAAAAGGACGAUGGCUGGGAAAGAUGGGGGACAUAGGCAGAGGAGGGUAGGGAGUGGGGCAAGGUGUUGUCUUAUUUAAAGUGGUUGUGUGUGAUUCUUAUACUAAUUUAUACAAAGAUAUUAAGGUCCUUUUCAUUAAGAAAUUGUCCCCCAUAAUUGUGUUCACUGUGUUUGUAAAGAUUGUUCUGUGUAAAUAUGUCUUUAUAAUAAAGAGUUAAAAGCUGAGAAUUUGCCCUUACUCUUGGAGGUCACAUUCAGGAGGGGCGUUUCUUUCCCCUGAGGGCUAUGGUUGUCUCUGUGCCCACAGAUUGCAUGUGCAAGGAGGUAAGUGCUUGCACCCCAAAUCGGUUCUAGGUCAGCUGGCCUCAAACUGAUUUACCACACGCUUGCAAGUGGAACCUUUCAACUUACUGACCUGUUCAAAUAAAAUUCAGCCCACUUUUAAGUCUUUUGGCAUUUGUUUGAAUGUCCUAAAUUUUUUAGCAGUGUCAUUGAAAGGAUUUUUUAAAAAGCAAUUUAUUUAAGAACAUACUGAUUAAAGAUAGGAUUUCUACUAAAAGUUGUUUUGUAGUCUUGGUGGGUGUCUUCUAUUUUGUCUCCUUUUGAACACUGUCAGGACUUUUUAGCCAGUCUGCCUUUCUUGAAAGAUCUUAUGUUUUCAGCAAUAAAUACAUUUGGUAAUGACUUUGUAUGUAUCAUCUUCUGUUUCACAAAGUGGAGUUGCUUGAUGAAUGAGUUAGCCUGAAAAAUAAAAUGCAAGGAGUUCAAUGCAA